UGACGACCGAAGGGGAGCGGAACAGGAAGCUGAACCGGAAGUGACUACACGGAAACGGCACUGCUGCUAACAACGACAACAACAGCAUUACGCUCGGGGGAUAUCUCCCUUCUCCUUAACGUAGGUCAGAGACAGACGGAUUGCAUAUAUGAACUUGGAAACAUGUACAAUUUUCGGGGUAAUGAAGCGCACAAUAUCGGGUAAAGUUAAAGUGUACAAGUUGGUGAGGAAUUGCAAGCUAUCUUUCUGCUGUGUUUUAGCUAAGCGGGCUAACUAGCUAGCUAACGGCUCCAGGAAAAAAAUGAAGGAGGUGAAGGGUUGCGGUAUGCGGUCCUCUGUGGGCUUUCUGUCUCAGAGAAGGCUUUUCGGGAACCCGCUGAUGAAGGAAGAAUUUCAGAGACUCCGGUUGGCAGGAUGCACGAGCCUUUACAAGAAAGAUAUGCUGGGACAUUUCGGGUGUGUAAACGCCAUAGAGUUUUCCAACAAUGGAGGGGAAUACCUUGUGUCCGGAGGGGAUGACCGCAGAGUGCUGCUGUGGGAUAUGGAGAGAGUCCUCCAUGCUCGCUCAGCCAAGCCUCUCAUACUGAAGGGAGAACACCUCUCCAACAUCUUCUGCCUGGCUUUCGACAGCACCAACAAGAGGGUGUUCUCUGGGGGUAACGACGAACAGGUCAUCCUUCAUGAUGUAGAGCAAGGCGAGACUCUGAACGUGUUCCUUCACGACGAUGCGGUGUACGGCCUGUCAGUCAGCCCCGUUAACGACAACGUGUUCGCCAGCUCCUCGGACGACGGACGGGUCCUCAUCUGGGACACACGGCAACCGCCACACGGAGAGCCCUUCUGUCUGGCCAACUACCCGUCAGCCUUCCACAGUGUGAUGUUCAACCCGGCAGAGCCCCGACUGCUGGCUACAGCCAACUCCAAGGAGGGGGUGGGGCUGUGGGACAUCCGCAAGCCUCGCACUUCUCUGCUGCGGUACGGCGGUAGCAUGUCCCUCCAGAGUGCCAUGUCGGUGCGUUUUAACAGCGCAGGGACCCAGCUCCUGGCCCUGCGUCGCAGGCUACCCCCGGUCCUCUACGAGCUACACUCUCGCCUACCCAGCUUCCAGUUUGACAACCAGGGCUACUUCAACUCCUGUACCAUGAAGAGCUGCUGCUUUGCUGGAGACAAGGAUCAGUACGUCUUGUCUGGAUCAGAUGACUUCAACCUUUAUAUGUGGAGAAUCCCAAAGGAUCCUGAAGCAGGAGGCCCGGGGCGUGUGGUCAACGGAGCGUCCAUGGUCCUGAAAGGUCACCGUUCCAUCGUGAACCAAGUCCGGUUCAACCCCAGCACCAAUAUGAUCUGCUCCUCCGGGGUCGAGAAGGUCAUCAAGGCGUGGAGCCCCUACCAGCAGACAGAGAGUCUGGGCGACCUGGAUGGUUGUGUGGAGAAUAAGUCCAGGAGUCUGUACAGCCAUGAGGAGUAUAUCAGCCUGGUGCUGAACAGCGGCAGCGGCCUGAGGCACGACUACGUCUCACAGUCCAUCCAGGAGGAUCCUCGUAUGAUGGCCUUCUUUGACUCUCUGGUUCGUCGGGAGAUCGAGGGCUGGAGUUCGGACUCAGACAGUGACCUGAGUGAGGGGGCCAUCCUGCAGCUCCAUGCCAGGGGACGACACUCCACGCGGGCUGUAGGAGAUGGCGCCGGGGUCCUGGUUGGUGCUGCUUCACCUGUACAUCCCGCUGCUGCUAUGGGCGACUCGGACCGCUCCUCCUCAUCCUCAUUGGCUGCACCCGAGGCCUUGGGGGUGGAGCCGCUGAUGCCCAGGAGUCGUCAGCGACAUCACCAGUCUGCGUUCUUAUUGGACCUGGUGGGAGAGGACUCUGAUUCCUCUGGGUUCUGGCUGGACCCCAUGCCACGCCCCAGCCCCCGAGACAACUCCACCCUCUCCAGCCCCACAUCCUCCCCCGCUGGGGCCUCCUCCAGCUCCUCCACCACCUCCUCCACCAGCUCUGAGGAUGAGGAGCGCCGCAGGGUCAGCACCCGGCAACGCAACGCCGCACGGAGGCGCCGCAUGCACUUCCCCUGCAGGCCCAGUGGAGGGCGCCCCGAGUCCGCCCAGGCCCUGUACCCCGGGGGGGUCGACUCCUGCUCCUACCCCAAGAUCUCCAUGGAUGAGGCCUCAUCCUCCUCCGCAUCCUCCACGGAGCUGCAGCAGGGCCGGGACUCGGUCCAGAUCGGACCCCACAGAAGGAGCUCGAAAACGGGAAGAUGUGCCAGCAAUUCGGGCAGACUUACCGGUACCAGCCCUGCAGUCUCUCUGGACAGCCAAGACGACCUUCUCAUCACCUCUCAGGACACCCUGCAGCAGAGGACCGAGUCCCGGGAGGGAGGGGUGACGGGGGCUGCUUUAGAGAGGAUGGACAACAGUAGCUGGGUCUCCUCUUCCUCCAGACAUCACCACAGCCCCCACCAGACUGAGAUGACUGAAGUGCCAGUAGACCGUCUGGCUCCAGACCUGUUUGCGUCCCCAGAUUCCAGGGGGGAGAGGGAGGCCUUGGCGGGGAAACAAACAGACACUAUGAACCAGGAAGAGGAAGAGGCAGGGCUGUCUUCUCAGAGAGGCCAGGCCCCUACCCAGGGGGCGCUAAAACGGACUCACCUGGGGUCAGGGGGUCAAGGGUCAGGGGAGGGGUUAGAGAAGAAGUUGAAGAGAUGAUGAUAACGCCUGUCGUGGGAAGGUGAUCAUUUGGUGAAUGACUGAUGUUGUCCCACAUUACCCUCAAACCUCUCCUCUCCUCUGGGAUGUUGCACAACAUCGUUGUAACCCUGAACUACCUCAUCUGAUUCACCUUGUCAAGGGCUUCAGGGUUAGUUGACUAGUUAAAUCAGGUCUGCUAGCUCUGGUAUAUAUUAAAUACAUUGAACAACUGAGGGGUCCCAGUAACACUGGCCCAUGGAACAACUGGGGGGUCCCAGUAACACUGGCCCAUGGAACAACUGGGGGUCCCAGUAACACUGGCCCAUGGAACAACUGGGGGU